GGUCUUGGGCCAAUCGGAGCCGCGGAUUUGCGAUCCUCUUUUUCACGACAAACUGCGCGGCUGAUGCUUCGAGUCCUCUCCGACCAUCGUCGUCUCCAAGAACUCGACCAACGCAUAUAGCUCCCCUUUUCUCAACACCGGGCAGCAGGGUUCCGGCUUUUUCUAGGAGUUAUCUUCGACUACAGUCGCAUUUCGCAAACGACGGGAUAAGGCCUGCGGCCUUCCUCUCUUGGUCCGCCAUGGGCAAGUACAACCUUACAGCUCUUCGGGUUCGACAGACCGCUCUCAACCAGAAAGCCGCCGGAAAGAUCUCAAAGCUUCCGCAAUGGGUGGAUGUUGUGGGUGAUAUUCCGCCAGCUCAGGUGCUGGUCCGUAACCAGCCGCUACAACAUCAAUUGGUGCGACAACGCGUGAAGACCUUGCCCGGAACUUCGAAGCCACAGGUUGUCUUUGAGGUUCAGGAAAAGCGAGUAAAGCCGAAAAAGCCUAGUCGCAUGUUCUCGCCGUUGGAGAUCAAGUAUGAAGAGGAUCAGCUGCGAAAGGAGUUCUUCCGGGACCACCCCUGGGAGCUGGCGAGACCGAGAGUCCUCAUCGAGAGCUCUGGCAAGGACUUCGAGAAAUACGACUGGAGCCGGCUGCAGCAGCCCGGGAAGAGAUUGGAUGGUGAGAGUGUUGUCCAGCGUCAGCUUUACCUUCUGAACAACGUUCCCGAUAUGACGAAGAGCCGCGCAUAUGAUAUUGCACGACGAGAAUUCUACCAACUCCGUCUCCGUGAAGACAUCGAGCGACGAGUGGCAGCGGAGGAAGCAGAAGCCACUGGCGCAGAAUUCGGUCCCACCAAGUUGGAGGUUGGUAUGGAACUGGAGAACCAGGAAUAUGAGCGCUGGAAGGCGUGGGCGAAGACGGAGGCGCAAGUGCAGGAUCAGCGCGCCGCAGCCUUCGUCGGUGCAGAUGCCACUGGUUCUGACGACUCUAUCGGUGAACCGGCUGUCGAUGGAAAGACUCAAGUUGCAUAAUAGAGCGGCUGUAUUCUUUCUACCUGAUCUUUCUUUCUUUUUUCAACGGCCCUUCCGAGAACUAUGAUUGACAUCCGUGUCCAUGUAUAUUACUGUCUUUGUGUGUCAAAUCGAAUGAUAUGGUCUUUGGCUCGGGACAAAUCAAUAUAAUCGAAACCUCUACAAUUGA